UGACAUCUCUGAGAUCGUAGUAGCACAGCAGAUCAGAACGAGGGAGGAACAGAGACAGACAGACCAACCAUAGUUCCGUCGAAAAAGCCCGAGUCACUCAGAUCUCAUCCAUUUCUCGCAGGAUCUGACCGUCCGGAUUGUCGCCCAGAUGUCGCCCCAUCCCACUGUGGAAAUCCGCCAGGGCAUGGUGGACCAGUUCAUGGCCAUCACCCGCGAUUACGUCGCCCAGCCUCGCCUCACCUAUCGGACCGUUUCCGGCGUCAAUGGACCCUUGGUUAUCUUAGACAAUGUCAAGUUCCCCAAGUUUGCCGAGAUUGUCAACCUCAAGCUACCUGAUGGCUCGUAUCGCGCCGGUCAGGUCCUCGAGGUCACGGGCUCCAAGGCCGUGGUCCAGGUCUUUGAAGGCACGUCGGGCAUCGACGCCAAGAAGACCACUUGCGAGUUCACCGGAGACAUUUUGCGCACGCCCGUCAGCGAGGACAUGUUGGGGCGGGUGUUUAACGGCUCGGGCAAGCCCAUUGACAAAGGACCCGCCGUGAUGGCCGAGGACUACUUGGAUAUCCAGGGACAGCCCAUCAAUCCCUACUCCCGGAUUUACCCGGAAGAGAUGGUCCAGACGGGCAUUUCCGCCAUCGACGUCAUGAAUUCGAUCGCUCGCGGUCAGAAGAUCCCGAUUUUCUCGGCCAAUGGAUUGCCGCACAACGAGAUUGCGGCACAGAUCUGUCGACAGGGCUCGUUGGUGCGAUUGCCCGGCAAGUCCGUGUUGGACGACCAUCAGGACAACUUCGGGAUCGUGUUCGCGGCCAUGGGCGCCAACAUGGAGACGGCGCGGUUCUUCAAACAGGAUUUCGAGGAGAACGGCAGCAUGGAGUCCACGUGUCUCUUCUUGAACUUGGCCAACGACCCCACCAUCGAACGUAUCAUCACCCCGCGUUUGGCUCUCACCACGGCCGAGUUCUUGGCCUAUCAAUGUGAGAAGCACAUGUUGGUCAUCCUCACGGAUAUGUCCUCGUAUGCCGAGGCCCUGCGAGAGGUGUCGGCCGCUCGCGAGGAGGUGCCCGGUCGUCGAGGUUUCCCUGGUUACAUGUACACGGAUCUGGCCACCAUCUACGAGCGGGCCGGUCGUGUGGAGGGUCGAAACGGGUCCAUCACUCAAAUCCCGAUCUUGACCAUGCCCAACGAUGACAUUACCCAUCCCAUCCCCGAUCUGACGGGCUACAUCACCGAGGGACAGAUCUACGUAGACCGACAAUUGCACAACCGACAGAUCUAUCCGCCUAUCAACGUGCUGCCCUCUUUGAGCCGUUUGAUGAAGUCCGCCAUCGGCGAGGGCAUGACCCGCAAAGACCACUCGGACGUGUCGAAUCAAUUGUACGCUUGUUAUGCCAUUGGUAAGGACGUGCAAGCCAUGAAGGCCGUGGUGGGCGAGGAGGCCCUCACUCCCGACGAUCUGCUCUACUUGGAGUUCUUGUCCAAGUUCGAGAAGAACUUUAUCGCCCAGGGAAGCUACGAGAACCGCACCGUGUUCGAGUCCCUGGACAUUGGAUGGCAAUUGCUCCGCAUCUUCCCUAAGGAGAUGCUCAAGCGCAUCCCUGCUAGUACUUUGGCCGAAUUCUACCCGCGAGACGCUCGACACUAAAGAGCAUGUCGCGUUCAUUGAAGAACGGUAGCGUUUUCAAGAUCUUCUCUUUCUUUCUCUCCUGUCUAACCCUCUUCCCUCAUUGUAAGAAAUACCAUCAUUCCCGUGCUGAUUUCGUAUUGUCGAGCAAGCGACGAUAAUGUUUCAUGCUUUUACUCGUUGUUCCGCCGUGGUCGCGUUAAUUCAUGGUCAGAGAAGACACGAAUUUGAAGAAAUGAAGAGAAGUCAAUUCGUGCCUCUUCUUCAACCGAGUUUUGUAUGACAUUUAUUUUUUAUUUUUAUUUACCACCUUUUUCCCUAGUUGCAAUCAUGCGUAAUUAUUGAUCAUUAAACGGAAAGAACAAUG